CGGGGGUGCCAAAAAAGCAAACAAACUCUGCUAGUUAGUUCUGGUGUAUCCCCAAGCUUUCCCCUUAAAGUACGUUAUAUUUACUAUUCUGUAUUAGUUUGGACACGUAAUAUGCUCGUUGUAUCUUGUACCGAAUCAGUUUAAAUUUAAGCAACAUCGUGCGACGUUCCCGAAUCGCAGAAUCGAACUUUUUGCUGUUGUUAAAACCGUUUCAAAGCGCAUCCCUUUACACCCUUCUUGUGCAGCUUUUCCGCUUAGCACAUUCGAAAGGCGCAUAAACAAGCAAAGCAGAAUUUGUUCUACGUAUUAAGUAAUUGGUUCUACUUAAACGCUUUCAUCUCCACGACAAGAACAUAAUGGCUGUUCACGAAUUCAAAGUAGAAAUGACGUGUACCGGGUGUUCCGGGGCGGUUGAACGUGUGCUCGGCAAACUCAAAGAAAAAGUCGAAAAGGUCGAAAUCGAUUUGGAUAAUAAAAAAGUGUUCGUCACUUCAUCGAUGUCCGCAGACGAACUGUUGGAAACGAUUAAGAAAACGGGAAAGGAAACCAGCUACGUUGGUCUUAAGAACUGAACACUUUUGUGCGUGAAAGUUGUCCUCAGGUGGACAGCCAAUUAUUCAAAUGGCUGGGACGUGCAAACUACAAGGGAAAUGAUGACUAAAAAGAUAUGUUACUGAUAAGCGCAUCUACAUCCGCUGUAGCGACUGUUUUGGGUAAACUUAUGUUUUAUGUGCUUUUUGUGUUUACUUUAUGCAAUGGUAUAUUAUAAAUCGUAUAAAAAACAAACGUAUCACAACGAUUGACGAUUAAAGAUUGUAAAAAUAAACUUGUAAAAGCGAA